AUGCCGAAUAUCCGUUGUCCGCCUCCUCCGAUGCCGAAUUUAUCCGUUGUCCUCCUUCGAUGCCGAAUUUAUCCGUUGUCCGCUCUCCUCCGAUGCCGAAUUUAUACGUUGUUGUCCGCCUCCGAUGCCGAAUUUAUACGUUGUCCGCCCUCCUCUGAUGCCAAAUUUAUACGUUGUCCGCCCUCCUUCCGAUGUCGAAUUUAUCUGUUUCCUCCUUCGAUGCCCGUUGUCCGCCCUCCUCCGGAUGCCGAAUUUAUACGUUGUCCGAUGCCCCUCCUCCGAUGCCGAAUUAUCCAUUGUCCGCCCUCCUCCGAUCCAUGUUGUCCCCUCCGAUGCCGAAUUUUUUAUCGUCCGCCCUCCUCCGAUGCCGCAUUGUCCCUCCUCCGGAUGCCGAAUUUAUACGUAGUCCGCCCUCCGAUGCCGAAUUUAUACGUUGUCCGCCCUCCUCCGAUGCCGAAUUCUAUCCAUUGUCCUCCUCCGAUGCCGAAUUUAUCCAUUGUCCGCCCUCCUCUGAUACCGAAUUUAUACGUUGUCCGCCCUCCUCCGAUGCCGGAGGCCGCCGUUGUCCGCCCUCCUUCGAUGCCGGGUAUACGUUGUCCGCUCACCUUCGGUAGCGUUAUACGUUGUCCGCCCUCCUCCGAUGCCGGGUAUACGUUGUCCGCCCUCCUCCGAUGCCAAAUUUAUACGUUGUCCGCCCGCCUCCGAUGCCGAAUUCGCCGUUGUCCGCCUCUCCGAUGCCGAAUUUAUCCGUUGUCCGCCCUCCUUCGAUGCCGGGUAUGUACGUUGUCCGCCCUCCUCGAUGUCGAAUUUAUCCAUUGUCCGACCUCUCCGAUACCGAAUUUAUACGUUGUCCGCCCUCCUCCGAUGCCGAAUUUAUCCGUUGUCCGCCCUCCACCGAUGCCGAAUUUAUCCAUUGUCCGCCCUCUCCGAUGCCGGUAUCCGUUGUCCGCCCUCCUCCGAUGCCGGAAUUUAUCCGUUGUCCGCCCUCCUUCGUGUUCUUAUCCGUUGUCCGCCCUCCUCCGAUGCCGAAUUUGCCGUUGUCCGCCUCCUCCCGAUGCCGGUUAUACGUUGUCCGCCACCUUCGAUAUCGGGUAUCCGUUGUCCGCCCCGCCUCCGAUGAAUUUAUCGUUGUCCGCCCUCCUCCGAUGCCGAAUUUAUACGUUGUCCGCCCUCUCCGACGCUGAAUUUAUACAUUGUCCGCCCCAUCUCCGAUGCCGAAUUUAUCCAUUGUCCGCCCCUCCUCCAUGGCGAAUUUGA